CGCAGUUCAGAUUCAGAAUCAGAAUAAGAGUUUCUAGAAGAGGUUUAUUGCCUACAGGGUCGUCUAUGUACAGGAAUUUGUCUUGGUGUGUUGGUGCAUAGUGCUAAUAGAGAAAGUUGACAGAAACGGUGACAUUACAGGUUGUUACAAGUGUGCAAGAAGAGAAUAGAUGGAUAUUACAAAGGGAAACCUGGAUGAUAUAUCUCGACCAGCUUCCAGCGAGUCCUCUCGGCCUGGGAGUCGAGUGUCCAGUGUGGUUCUUUCAGAGGGGGUGAGAAUGAUUCCGGACAGGACUGGGGCUCUUGAGGUUCUCAGCUCUGAGCUCACUGAAACUCAGGUUCAACAGAACAUAGAGGAAAAUAUCUUGGACUUCCCAUCAGAAAACAUGGUCUCUGACCAAGAUGUAUCUGAGAAGGAGAAUAAAUAUCUUGAGUUGCAAGAAGCAAUCAUGGAAAUGGAACGUCUGGACAGAAUACUGACUUCCGUGACCUUAGAAGAAGUAGCAGUCAGAAAGGAAGGCAAAGAGCUCCAUCGGCAACUUUGGAAGGAUAUAAAGGAUCACAAUCCUGAAAGUUGUUCAGUGUGCAGUGAAGCAGAAAAUACCAACAACACAUCUAAGGACUGCAGUGAAGAGAUGGACUAUGAACCUGUGUUUGGAACCCAAGUCCCAGAUCAAGGGACUGACCUAAUCUGCAGACCUGAAAAUACAGUUUCUGGGUCAGAGGUCGGAGUACAUGGCAAGUCUUCAAACUCUGUUGAAGUGGGUGCUGAAAUAAAAGAAGUGACCAUGACAGAAAGCAGGCAGCGUGUGACAGUCAAGAACAAGAACGGACAAGAUUUCAUCAAGAAAAACAUUGAGCUAGUCAGUAAUGCAGGGAGCUCGGUGACAUUAACAGAGGAAGAGCAAAAGCGGUUAGAUGAACUCCUCAAGUACAUAGAUGAAGAAUGGGCUUAUUUUGAUCUAACUACAAAAUCAGAGCUAGGCAGUAGUGCAGAAAGCUCGGCGACAUUAAAAGAGGAAGAGCAAAAGCGGUUAGGUGAACUCCUGAAGGACAUAGAUGAAGAAGGGGCUUAUGUUGAUCCAACUCCCAAAUCAGAGCUAGGCAGAAGUCUAAUAAGCUCGGCGACAUUAACAAAGGAAGAGCAAAAACGAUUAGAUGAACUCCUCAAGGACAUAGAUCAUUUUGAUCCAACUGCCAAACCAGAGGAGCAGGGUUAUAGACCCCAAGCAGCUGAACUUGAGCAACUCCUUCACAUUGAUGCCAAACUGCAGCUCUUUCUAAGUGUUGAGGAAUUUAUGUGUGUGCGAAGCCCCUAUGGAUACCCCAGCCUUUCUCAGGUCGAAAAUGCUGGAGAUCUUGGCGAGGGGAUCCUUCGGGAUAUAAAAGAGUCGAAAGAGCAGGAGGAGUGUCUGUGUGAAAUCUAACAGCAGCUGCAGCUCCUCACAAAGAGACAACACCCAGAUAUCCAGACCCAUCUAAGAAAGGCCAGAAGGAUGCCAGUUCGGAGAAAGACCAUAUUAGAAAAUCUGAGAUUUCUUGGAAAAAGAUUUUUAUGGUCUGGCAUUUGGUCUAAAAUCAAAACAAAAUAUGUGGCAAAGAAACAUAGCAGGUAACAUCCUGGUAAGAUCAUUCCUGUGAUUAAGCACAUUAAUGGAACAUUUUUUCUACUAUUGUUACUUUCUCUCUUAUUGCUGCUUAAGCUAGUGAAUGUUUAUGUUUUGAAAUCUUGCUAGCUUCAGAUACUGGGAUCCUGUUGGAUGAAGAAAACUAAAAUGAAAGAGAGAUAAAUAUAAAUGUAAUCUUUAAACAUUGUUUUCCAGAGCAGCUUAUAGACGUUUUUUGGAGUCUAUACCAAAAGCACGUCCUCAUGCUACAGUAGUUCUGUAGGUCAUUGAUUUAUUGGCAUUAAAUUAGAAGAUGAAAAAUAAAACAAACCAAAUCCAGAAAUUAGGACAAAAUAAGUUACAUUUAAUUACAAGAUCACAAAUUGCCAAUGUAUAAACAGAGGUUUCCUUGCCUUGUGUUAACUAUGUCCUGUAUAGAGGUAAUUUUUUCUUCUUUUUUUCAGGUCUAAGCUAAUUUUCUAUUUUCACUUCACCUCACCUGAUUCACACAUAGGUCACUACAUUAUGUAAAUCUGGUUGUAAUUAAUUUGGUUUUACUUAACCAAACACUCAUCUCAUCAUCUCACUCAUUUUGUACUCAAAUGAGUCCUACUGUGCAUGAUAGAAUAGCUGGUACAUCCUAGUUUCUGAGAGAUUACAGUGUGCCCAGUGAGCUUUUC